AUGUCGAGAUCCAGACUUCUAAGUGUCACUUCGGUGGUCUCAAAAACAGGAAACUUGUGUUUGCCACUAUUCCAGUUGGUGCUAUCGGACUCACCAUGUGAAGAAAACGAAAUGUGCACAAACUAUAAAGAUCAGUACACAGAUGGCUGGUAUAUCUGGUUCUUGCUGCUGAUUUUCCUGGUGGCUCUUCUCUGUGGAGCAGUGCUCUUCUGCCUCCAGUGCUGGCUGAGGAAACUCCAAAAUGGUCCCCGAAGACGCACCAUGGCUGUUUUUGCUGUUGGAGACUUGGACCCUGUUUAUGGGACAGAAGCAUCUGUGAAUCCAACUGUUGGAAUGCACCUUCAAACUCAAAAUCCUGAACUGUAUCAUGUUCCAUGUUUUGGUGCUCUAGGUCCCCCACCUCCAUAUGAAAAAAUUCUAAAAUCAAGCCGAUUUUAG